AUGGUCACAGAGAACGGCCGCAGCGGCGAUGACAAUUUCAUGAUCAUCAUCCACGAUGAUGAUGACGACACAAAUCCUCUCAUUGCCAUCGCAGGGUCUCGUGGAGCUCCUGGCCCAGCUCCCGAUGCAGCAGCAACACUUCCUGCGGAGGCCGUGGCAACUCCUGCGCCGCCUGCACCUCAUGGGUCGGCAGAAUCUAUGAACAUUGGAGGAGCUCCUCCUGCUGCAUCAACAGCGGCUCUGACAAUUCUACCACCUCCUGCUUCUGUGGCAUUGGUGACCAUCACAAGAGCUCCUCUCGCCACUAUUGUGAGUGUGGCCACUCAAACUGCACCUGAUCACCUGGUGAAUGGGAACAACGGCUCUAGUGAAGCUAGUGCUCGCUAUACAUAUGGUGGCAAUGGUAAAGUUGUUGCUAGGUACAGCAAUGGUUGUGGCAAAUCUCUCGCCAGCUAUGGCAAUGUCGACUAUGGAAAAGGUGUUGCUAGCUAUAGCGAGGUUGGCUAUGGAAGCAAAGGUCUUGCUGGGUGUAGUAGUGGCAGCCACACACCUACAACACAUCUACUACCACUGGAGGUGAGAGCAACAAAGGCUAUGGCAAGGUGUAUAGUUACCCUGAGUGUAAGAACACGUUCUUCACCACACCCCAGGCACAGGGAGUCCACAUUACUCGUCAUCACAGGAUCAUGGAGAAGAAGGGCAAGGCAAAGCUAG